AUGUCUGGCCUUGGAAAGAAGCGUGCAGUGGCUGGCAAAUCUGAAACUACAACAAAGAAAUCCAAAUCAGCCUUGGCUGGUCUGCAGUUCCCUGUGGGUCGUGUCUACAGGCUUCUUAAAAAAGGAAACUAUGCUGAUAGGAUUGGUCCUGGUGCUGCCAUCUACCUGGCUGCAGUGCUGGAGUACCUGAGUGCAGAGAUUUUGGAACUGUCAGGAAAUGCUGCAAGGGAAAACAAGAAAGCCAAGAUCACACCGAGGCACAUCCAACUUGCAGUGAGAAAUGAUGAUGAGCUGAACAGUCUUCUCUCCUGCGUGACCAUUGCUCAAGGAGGAGUGACGCCAAAUAUCCAUUCCCAACUCCUUCCCAGGAAAAGCAGCAAAGCUGAUGCUCCUUCUCAGGGACAAGGUGGUAGCAAGUGA